ACAUCACUUAGUUGCUGUUCAGCUAUGCGCACUAACGGGACCGUACGUGUAAUAAAUUUUGAGAUUUAUUGAGGAACACCAGCAUAUGGACUUGGCAUUAGAAGUUCGCUGCGCCGCUUCGUAGUAUUUUUUAAUUUAAUCAUGCUGAAAAAUAAUGGAAAGAAGACAGCCAUCUCUGUAGCCUGCACGGCAUGCCUCUGCCUGCUGCUGCUCCUGGUCGCCCUGCAGCAUCACCGCGUCCAGGUGGACGAGCGGGCGGACGGAGAGGACGCCGCUGCGCGCUCGCUUCUCCAAGAGGAGGAGGAGGAGGGGGACGCGCGGCCCCAGGGCGCACGGGACAAGAAGGGAUUCUCGGCGUACUUCACCAAGCUGACCCGGGGGCGGAGGGAGGUGGAGAAGCCCGCGCGCUCCUCCGCGUCCGCCGCUGACCCCCCGCCAGCCGAGGACAUCAGCGCGGAUGACAUCUUCAUCGCCGUGAAGACCACCAAGAAGUUCCACCAGUCCAGGCUCAAUCUGCUCCUGGACACAUGGAUCUCCAGAAACAUGCAACAGACGUACAUCUUCACGGACGGAGAGGACGAUGAGCUAAAGAGGAAAAUUGGGAGUCACGCCAUCAACACCAACUGCUCUGCAGCUCACAGCCGACAAGCUCUGUCGUGCAAGAUGGCGGUGGAAUACGACAAGUUCAUCGAGUCGGGGAAAAAGUGGUUCUGUCACGUAGAUGACGACAAUUACGUGAAUGUGCGGACUCUGGUGAAGCACCUGUCUCAGUACCCCCACACCCAGGACAUGUACAUCGGCAAACCCAGCCUGGACCGGCCCAUAGAGGCCACGGAGAGGCUGGGGGACAAUAAGAUGAAACCGGUCAACUUCUGGUUUGCUACCGGAGGCGCGGGCUUCUGCGUGAGCCGGGGUCUGGCACUGAAGAUGAGCCCAUGGGCCAGCGGCGGCCACUUCAUGAACACGGCGGAGAAGAUCCGUCUGCCCGACGACUGCACCAUCGGCUACAUCAUCGAGUCCGUCCUCGGGGUCCCCCUGACCCGCAGCAACCUGUUCCACUCCCACCUGGAAAACCUGCAACAGGUGUCCAGAUCUGAGAUCCAUAAGCAGAUCACUCUCAGUUACGGGAUGUUUGAAAAUAAGAGCAACAUCAUCAAUUUGAAAGGGGCUUUUCCUGUGGAGGAGGAUCCGUCGAGGUUCAAGUCUGUGCACUGUCUCCUGUACCCAGACACCCCAUGGUGUCCCCCCCUGGUUGCCUAUUAUUAGGGCGACCGCUCCUUUCUCAUCCUCGUCCCCGCUGCGCCUCGGUAUCUGAAAGGCUUGCGGGGACCAGCGUUUUGUUUCGGUAUUAGACUGCGCGGCCGCUGUAUUCUUGGUUCAGCGGUGCGUGGUCUUGGAUGGUUUUACUGGGCUGCUGUGCGGCCCGCCUCGGGACUAUUCCUUCCCGCCAGGAGCUGGGACCUCGUCUCUGUUACGCUUGGGGCGGAGGGCUCCGGCUCCGGGCAGGAAGCGGCUUUCGCCGUUUAAGCUUUGCAGGCAAUCAGUCGAGCUUUGUGAUGUAUAUGUUGCUUGUAAAUGUAUCUGCAAUUCUCAUAGAAUGUAUUCUCAUAUAUUCAAGCCUUUUUGCCAGCUUUAUAUUAACUCUCCUUUCUCGCUUUUAAAUAUCAAAGCCAUCCAGGUCUAUGUUUGUAGGCUGUGGGGCUUUAACGCAUAUAAUUGGACGCUUUUAUUUUUUUCUUUAGUUCUUUUAACUGCGAUGACUCCGGACGCACGCUCUAAUAUGAAGAUGUUGUUGUACCUUUAAGUCUUUUAAGUGAACAGUGUUAUUUCUCCCACGACUGGAGCUGGCAGUUGGCAGAAUUCCAAAAUGCAUCUUUGGUGACCUAAUCUGAAGUAUUUCAGGACAAAGCACUUUCCCCUUUUUGGGUAUUUCUUGGUGAACCGACCGAGUUUACGUCCUUUGAUGACAUACUUCAGAUCUGUGUCCCAACUGAGACCAGAAAAAUAAUAAUUAUAAGAAUAACCCCUCGAAAUCUCAACAUCUAUUCAUUUUUAUGUAUUUAAUAACACUCCUUGCAUUAGUUACAAUCAGGGGAAAAGUGAUGAGUGGACGAGAUUUUGAUUUGGGGUUACAAUCAGCUUUUGAAUUGCUUUGAAAAGUCCUUUUAUUGUUGUUUGAAAAUUGCACAGCUGUGUUUCAAAUGGGCUGAUGUUUGCUCCUCGCCUCCAGAAGUCACAAAACGGUGGACAAGUGCCGGCCUCGCUGAAUGGCACGUUCAAGAGCCCAAAAUAGUGAAGGGAGAGCUGACUGAAUGAGCGAAAUAACAAGCGUGUGUGUAAUCCGAGUCUCAGUCUAUAAUAGUUUGCACAAAAGGCUGAUCUCCAGACUCAGUGUUGUCAACUAGAACGUACAUAAUUUACACAUAAUGUCGACUGGUUACUGUUGAGGCCUGUGAGGCGAGGGCAACAUCAGUUCUUCCACAUGGAGGUGUCUGUUACCUCUGUGCCAUCACUCACCCAUAUUGGGUCGCGCUAUCCAUUCUGAUUACAGUAUUGUGUACUGUGCCUUUGUUUAAUUAAGUAGUGACUGUACUGUAUAUGCUUAGAAUGUAAUUCCCCCUUUUGUGGUUUACAAACGCUUUUAAUUGACCUGGACAUGAUGUUUUUUUUUGUACUGUUCUGAACUGUGCUAAAUGACUGUGGUGUUUUAUUCUCCAGUAUCUGGAGGGUUCAAACAGUUCAUUCCCAAUACUGGCUUCUCAGGGAUUAUGAGCUGAUCCUGGUAUUAACUACCAUGGGACCCACGGUGGGACCUAAAACUUUGGAAUAAAAGUGCAUAACCACUGAGAAACAU